AUUAUCUAAAACGAGGAACUAUUCAAUAUAUGUAAAUCCCUUUUCGGUUUCGUUUAAAUUUGCCCUAUCUCUCUCCCCUCUCCUCUCAUCAUUCUUGACGGGAGAAGGUGGAAGAGAAGAAAAGGAAAGGAAAAAAAGAUCAAAUCUUUCAAGGGGUUUUACUUCCCCACGAAGAUUUCUUUCUUUUCAUUUUCCCGGAAAAUUUUCUCUUCCUCCCCUCGUCGAUCAGGCCUAGUGAAAAUCUUUGAUCGUCUGCAAUUCCAAUUUUGAUUUUUGGGUUUGAGAGAGAUACAGAAAUGGAGGACGAUUAUUACGUCAGUAGCGAGGACGAGGAGUAUUACGACGACGAGGAUGAUCGCCAGAACAUGGAGCUGUUGGAUUACGUCGAGAAUGACGACUCUCUCCCGCCUGAGGUUCCGAGGAGUAAGGUCAUUCCGAAAGAAUCUCUCUUGGCUGCACAGAAGGACGACGUGCAGAGGGUAAUGGAUGUGCUAUCAUCGAAAGAAAACCAUGCCCGAACCUUACUCAUCCAUUAUCGGUGGGAUGUUGACAAUCUGCUUGCGGUGCUUGUAGAUAAGGGGAAAGAUAGAUUGUAUGCUGAAGCAGGUGUGACGUUGGUGGAGCACAAUAGCAAUGUCUCACAACAGUUGCCCUCUGAGGUUAUGUGCGGUAUUUGCAUGGACGAAAUUCCAGCUGGUCAGGUGACACUCAUGGAUUGCGGUCACUGCUUCUGCAACGAAUGUUGGACAGAGCAUUUUAUUGUGAAAAUAAAUGACGGGCAGAGUAGACGCAUUAAAUGCAUGGCACAUAAAUGCAAUGCUAUUUGUGACGAAUCCAUUAUCAGAAAUCUAGUCAGUGUAAGAGAUCCUAAUCUAGCAGAGAAAUUUGAGCGUUUUCUUCUCGAAUCAUAUAUAGAUGAUAAUAGAAUGGUGAAAUGGUGCCCAAGUGUUCCCCACUGCGGAAAUGCCAUACGCAUCGAGGAAGAUGAACUUUGCGAGGUUGAAUGUGCAUGUGCGCUUCAAUUCUGUUUUAAUUGCUUAUCUGAAGCACACUCCCCAUGUUCGUGUCAAAUUUGGAAACUAUGGUGUCAGAAGUGCCAAGAUGAAUCAGAGACGGUUAAUUAUAUUGCAGUCAAUACGAAGCCUUGCCCAAAGUGUCACAAGCUGGUUGAAAAGAACGGAGGAUGCAAUCUAGUUACUUGUGUCUGCGGACAACAUUUUUGUUGGCUCUGUGGUGGCGCAACUGGUUACGAGCAUAAUGCGGAGUCCAUCGCGGGUCACAGCUGUGGGCGAUUCAAAGAAGACGAGGAGAUGACUCUUGAGCAAGCCAAGAGCGAUCUUGUUCGUUACACUCACUACUACAACCGUUAUCAAGCUCAUAUCGAUUCUCUUAAGCUUGAAUCAAAGCUGAAACAAAGCAUACAAGGAAAAAUAUCGCAUUUGGUAGAAAGAGAAUUUACACGUACAGAUUUUAGCUGGGCAACCAAUGUACUCAACAGACUCUUCAGAUCAAGGCAGAUUAUUUCAUAUUCCUAUCCGUUUGCAUAUUACAUGUUUAGCGAAGAUCUAUGCAAAAAUGAAAUGACGGCAGAAGAAAGGACCAUAAAACAAAACUUAUUUGAGGACCAGCAGCAGCAGCUUGAGUCAAAUAUGGAGAAGCUUUCUAAGUUUAUAGAGGAGCCCUUCGACGAGUAUUCGCCGGAUGAAAUUAGGGAGUUGAAAAUCAGGAUCUUAAAUCUUUCUACGCUUGUUGAUAAGCUCUGCGCAAAAUUGUACGAUUGCAUUGAGAAUGAUUUGUUGGGUUCCCUCAAGUGGACAAGGCACAGUGUUGCUUCUUACAAGUCGAACGGUGUGGAGAAAGCUUCAGAACUUAACGGUUCCUAGGACACCACGACCUCUAACUUCGAAAUUGAUUUGGCAACCAAGGGUAAGCAUUUUUCCAACGGUCGCAUUUAACCUCAUAAGUUUAGAUUUAAAACAUUACUAUUUAGAAACUUUUUUUUUAUUUUUUUUAUCAGAUUUAAAACAUAACUGGUCGCGUUCAAAUUUACUUAUUUAUAUUUUCUUGUGUUUUAAGUGUUGAGACCUGUCUAAAUGCAUGAUUUGAAGUCCUGCAACGUGUCGUGUAAAACAUCAAAUUUGAUUAUAAUUUACUCCAAGUUUCUGGUGGGUGCUCAUCUCCCUCCUAGUA